AUGAAACAAAAUAGAAUGAUUGAUUACAACAAAUGUAGAUCUUUUUUUACUUCCUUUCAAUGUAUAAAUGUUUGUUGCAGAAUGUUGGUUGCCUUUUUAAUACGGCAGAUCCUUUUUUUUAUUUUUUAUUUUUAUUUUUUCUUUUGUGUGCUCUUGGGCUGCGAUCGAGCUGUGGAACCACACACUCUCUCUCUCCCACGACCCACCCCUCGCUUGUCUGGUGUGGGGAACAGUGCGACUGUCGCCGUGGAAGCAAACAAUCGAAAACGCGAACCAUUAGCGGGAAAUAACCAAAAUGCAAAAUUCCGCCAAUCACUGUCAGAAAAAAAAAAAUUUUUCGAGUGUUUACAAAAAAUUUUUCUAUAA